AUACGGGGCGUACGGGCUUAGAAACGUUACAGUACUCCGUACAAACUUUACGCAUCGGCGGAAUGCGCUCAUAUGCCGCCAAACAAACAGGGUCCAUGACUGCGAACUGGACGGUGGUUAGAGAGAUCUGGAGAUGGAGAGAUACAUGAUAUAAUAAUAAUGGAUAGAAGCUAGGAUCAGCUUACUGAGUCUAAGGAGGGGCCAGCUCUUAAACGUAUCUUCUCCAGCUUUUUUCGAUCUUCCUCCACUUUCUUCCUCCUCUUCCUUUCUUGCCCCCCUACUCGUCCAAGCCUUGCUACUCUCCCCAUCUUUCAUCAAUGCACUUAUGCAAUCAAAGUGGGAGCUUGAGAUCUCCCCUACUGAAUGAGAAUUAAUAGCGUAGACUAUAUUUCCUUGUUAUCUCCGACUUUUCUCUCCUCUAAUUGCAAUGCCUCAAGUGGACACCGUGCCGUCAUCAUGCUCAGUUCAGCCUGAGAAACCACCGCCAGAGAAAACUCAUGUCUGCUCGUACCCUGGCUGUAGCAAGCGCUUUACACGCGCAGAGCAUCUUCGCCGGCACGCACUGAACCACAAGAACGAAGACAACACCUGUGAGAGAUGUGGUGUCCAUUUCAACAGGCCUGAUUUACUAGGAAGACACAUGGUGCGCCAUGCAAAGAGAGACGAGGAGGCGGGUGGUCCUGGCCUGGGUGUGCUUGAAACCCGCAAAAGAACCCGCCGCGGGCCUGACGGGACUAUCAUCACAAAGCCGACCAAAAAGCAAGCUCGUGCAGCUAUGCUAGCCCGGUCUAUGGCCGCUGCAACCUCGUCAGUUCCACUCGAUGAGGUUGCAAAUUCGUCUUCGCCCUCGUCGUCCUCGUCGUCGUCUUCUAUCCGGAGCUUUAAUGACAAUAGUGUCAGCUCCCACGGGAGCAGCCACAAUCAAGAUAGCAGUUCAGCUCUGACCACGCCGCCAUCUAUGGUGGAUCUAAGCUAUCACGGUCAGGAUCAUGGUGCUGGCUCUGGAGCUCCUAUCUCCCCACCCACAUCUGCGCAUCCUUCGUGUCCGAGUGUCAAUUUGGACAGUGGCCCACUGGAUAAUUGCGAUCCGGUUGAUCAUUCUGAUCCGCUGAUAGCGCCUAUGGUGCCUGGGAGUCCCUACAUCCCUACGAGCCGUACGUGGAGCCUAUUCCCGGCCAGUUUGAUGCUGCAGAUGGCUCGUGGCGGAAUCAGGAUUCGGGACUUGGUCUAGACUACGAGGAUUUCUUUGACUUCGAUACUGCCACCUCCUUUAACAUGCCCUUUGCUGCUACCCAUAAUUACAAUUGGCUCUUCGACGUGCCAUCCCUGGAUGACGCCUUUAACCAUAAUGGUAUGUCGCUGGCUAUGGAUAUGGUCAACUUCGCUGAACCGGUGCCCGAUAUGUGGUCACAGCCUCAACACCGUCAUAACGAAUUCCUCGGCCAAACCUUCUCUUCAUCAGAACCAGCAAGAGAGCGAGACUAUCAAGAACAUGCGCCACAUGAUGAAUCCAACAGAAUUUCCCCGGAUUCGCAUAUCCAGCCUCCCGGAGAUACUUCUACUGGUGAAGAAUUACCCGUUAAUCCUAGCGAACCCUCCCCACAACCCGCCCAGAGCUCCAUGUCGACUCCUGAUACUUCCAACCAAAUCCCACUGUCUGCUUUCACCGAUAUGGAUUGGAUGGGCCAAAGUCCUCCUACAGAAGUUGUACCUAAAAAGCUACCCCAAAUACCCGAAGCUGCCAGAACGAGAUUAUUACGGCUUAUAUCACAAUUACAAUCCAUAACUGUAGAAGGAAACCGAAUUGAGCUCUCAUCCCCUCUUCUCUCCAUCAACGCACUGCAAACGUACUGUGACCUCUUCUUCACGAAACUCAAUGUUUCCUAUCCACUAAUCCAUCAACCCACGUGUGAUCCAGGCCGAGUUGACACAUUGCUGCUUGCUGCCAUCAUAUCAAUGGGAGCCACCUACAGCAAUAGAGAAGCACACCAACUGGCCGUCGCAAUGCAUGACUCGUUACGGAAUCAACUUUUUUCCCAUCAAUCGUUCUCAUCGCAGCCUGAUCUCUGGGUCCUCCAGGCCAUGAUGUUGAUCGAUUGCUUUGGGAAACAGCGAGCCGGCCAGAAACAGCGUGAUAUGUCCCAGUUAUUCCACUGUGUCCUUAUCAAACUCAUUAAACGGAGCAAUUGCCCUAUCAUUCGGACAUCUCCACCUGUUGAGCGGCCGGACAACCUCGACGUAGCGUGGAGGCAGGCAAUGGACCUGGAGCAGAGGAAACGGCUCGCCAUGCUUUGCUUCAUGUGGGAUACUCAGCAUGCGGUGCUCUUUUCACAAUCCCUUUGCAUGUCGGCGUUUGAAAUCCGAGCCUCCUUACCUUGCGACGAGGCUACAUGGGAGGCAAAUACUGCAGAUGCAUGGUUCGAGCACGCACGCGCAGAGACAUCACACAGUGCGUUUCUUCCUGUCCUGAAAGCAUACAUAAUCCCCAACACCACCCGCCGCCCACGACACCUGAACGCCCUAUCCAGGAUUUUCCUCCUGCACGGCCUCAUGUCCAUAUCCUCCGACCUCAAACGGCGCGACCAAACCACUCUUCGCUCAGAAACACCUAACCUAGUGGGCGCCUGGAAAGCCCGCAUCAGUCGCUCCUACGACCUGUGGAAAAACGAUUUCGACGCAGGCUGCAUGAACAUGAAACUAAACCAGACCUCCAACCCGCGCAAAUUCGUCGGUCUCAAAACAGCAACUCACGUCAUGUACCACGCCGCGCACAUCACGCUGAAUGUCGAAGUGCUCGAUCUGCAGAUAUAUGCGGGCGCACCACAUAUUCUGGGCCGGGUGGUGACGGCGGGCGACUUCGAGCGCUCGCAGCGGGUCGUCACGCGCUGGUUAAACGAGGACCCGCGCUCCGCUGCAAAGGCGACGAAGCAUGCUUCAUACAUUCUUCAGGAUGCGAUUAUGAACCUGAACGACUGGGACGAGACGGAUGUCUUCCAUUACCCCUGGUGCUUGUACCUGGCGACACUGACGUGCUGGGCUUUUCAUCUCCCCACCUCCUCCUCCUCCACCUCCACAGCGUUGGACAGAAAUCCCAAUAAUAAAAAUAACAAUAAUAACAGUGAGCAAGAGUACCAACAACAAUCUCCAAACCCUGCUCCGCGCAGCUCGAACGCUAACUCCCUAACCCCGCGAAACCAAUUGACCACACUCGUCGUCGCUAUGACGACGUGUAACACGCUCGAGGAACUCUCUGCGCUGGCGGGAAAGUUUGACACGGUGGGUUUGACAUCCAUCAUGAGCCAGCAGCUAGCUAGUGUGCGGUGGGCUGUGGUGCAUGAUGCGAUGAAGGUUUUGGUGAGUUUAUCGAGUAGGUAGGGAUGGGAGGGUUGGUGGAUACGAGAAGAAGGGGGCAUUUCUUUUUUGGUUCCUCCUUCCGUCGCCCCGAUAUUGGUAUUGCAUGAGAACGCAGGAUCAGCGAGAGAUUGCUGAUUUUUCUUCUUCUACUGCCUUUUUCCCUUUGACUUCGAUUCGAAAUAUUCCCAGGGUUUUGGGCUUUUGCGGCAAGGGCGGUGGUAUAUUUCUUAAGUUUUUGCACAUCUUCUAUUAUAUAUGGGACGUACUGGCUUCUGGGCGGAAUAAAUUUGCAGCCGACCCAGUCGUGGAAGUUUUACGAAUGGCGUUUUUCGAUGUGUGGGAGGUAUGGCUUUUGUUGAUUUCGGGAUGGUUUAGCUUGAUGAAUGGAUCGCUAUCCAUACAUUUUAUAUAAUUUUAUUUUUCCCGGUUAACUAUUGUUUUCGGCUAUGUUACAAAAUAUGACUGGUUUAUAUGAUGGUAUACUCUGCGUUUAUGUUGUUCUUAGGCCACUUCUUGUACGUACUGUGUUAUGUUUUGUCAAUGAGAUCCCCGUAAAGGCGGUAAAUGUUAUAAAUGUUAUAAAUGUUAUUGAAACCGGUUCCCAUUAUGCACAGAGGGUUCUGGCUCUGGGGACGUCAAGAGGUAGAGAAAGAGGUGGGUUGUUUGUUGCUUUGUGUUGGGAAGCCUGCCAUGGUCCGCCGUGACGUCGUGUUAUUACGAUAAACUGUCCGUUUAUUGUGAGUUGUAACUAUCAUAGCUUUGAAAUUCUAAUACAUAACGAGCAUGUGACAGUUAGAUCAAGC